AUUGAAAGUUGCGGCGAAUCUUCAAAGUGUGCGUUAUGUGAUUAAGUUAUUUGUGAAUCAUACGGGUGACGAAUCUCACUUGAAUGUAUGGUUCUGAGAAACUUUUGUCUUGUGGGUUGUACAGACCCAUGUAAUGAAGUUGUUCGAGUAAAGGAUGCAUCAGGACACUGGAAAACGUUUUACGUGCGCGAUAAGUUAGAUACUGGUGGAUUUAGCCAAAUAGAUCUCGUUUUUGACAAAGUGUCUAAAAGAUCAUUCGCUUUAAAACGUAUCCUAUGCCAUUCAAAGGAUGAUGAAAGUAAGGCUUUAAAAGAAGCUAAUUUCCAAUUGAAUCUCCCUGAUCAUCCCAACCUGCUUUCCUGUAUCGCGAGUGGCCUACAACAUGUCUCUAGACGUAAACAAGGAGCUAUUUCAGAAGUUCUUUUGGUGUUAUCUUAUAGCAAGCGAGGUACGUUGCAACGUGAAAUUGACCAUAGAUCUGCACGUAACGUUAUGUUCCCCCUGUACCUUAUAAAGACCAUGAUGAUUGGUAUUUGCGAUGGCCUUAUUGCUCUUCUUUCUUUUGAUAUUCCAAUGUCUCAUCGAGAUAUAAAGCCUGGGAAUGUUCUUUUGUUUGAAGAAAUGAGACCAGUUUUAAUGGAUUUUGGCUCUGUUACUCCCUCCAUUCUUCCUAUUGAGAGCAUUAGAGAUGCAGAAAAAUGGAAGGUAACAUUUUGUUACUAGAUCUCGUUUUUCAAGGAGUUUGCUGAGGAAAACUGUUCACUAACUUAUCGGGCUCCAGAGUUGUUUAAUCCAAUAACUUACGAAACCAUAACCGAGAAAGCUGAUGUUUGGUCCCUAGGAUGUCUCUUUUAUGCUCUGAUUUUUUUCAAAUCCCCAAUGGAUUUCGUUCAUGCGCGGGGUGAUAGUGUUGCUCUUGCUGCUUGUUCAGCUAAUAUAUAUUUCCCAAUAGAUUCGUGUUCAAAAGUUCCACCAGAAUUGAUAAAGUUAAUGAAAGCAAUGCUGUCCGCUAAUCCUCAAGAUCGUCCCUCACUUACUCAACUUGUGGAGUCCUUCAAAAACCUACCUGAAGAAAUCAUGUAUUGUAACAAUCAAAGUGCAAUAACUUAUUCUUUGUAAUCUUGACUUAGUUUGACUAAAUCCCACAUGAAAUCUAACCGUAAAUCUUUCAAUCUUCUACUCUUUCUCUAUACUAUUUACGAAAUACUGAGAAGUCUUUCUAAACUUUUUACCUUGACUUUUAUUCUCUGUACUUUUUAAUAUUCGACACAAUAUUGCAUGGAAUUCCAGAACGGUUUUGGCUUUUGGUCGAAAAUGAAAUAUUACUAAAUAUUUCACAAAUA